AUGGGCCAAGAAGACCAAGCCCGAAACAAAAUUGUCUUCGGCACGAUGAAGCGAGAUAUGGAACAAUCUCUGACACCCAUCACUCGAGACUCGUCCUGCUCGGCCUUCCCCUUCGAUCAACUACAACAUCGUCAAGAGUUCAGUAAUCGAGUAGCUGACGUGAGUUUGUAGUAUUUAUGUUAUAGUAGUGAAAGUGUUUGAAAGAGGUUAUUGACAAGUUCUUUGUCAAUAAAAUGUUAUAGUGCUGUGUUAUUAUACUAAAAGUAAAUACCUUUACUUUCUUUAAAAGUGUAAAUAUAUGUUUUCAAAGCGUAAACAUAGCCUUUCAUGUAUAAGAUAAAGCUAAAAUGCGUAUUUUAUUACUAUUUUAAAAGUAAGGUCAAUACUUGAAGAAUUAAUAGAAAGCCUUCAAUGUUAUUGUAACUUUUGAAGGCAUUCGAAAACUAUUGUAAUUUGUAAAACUAAUUGGUUAGAUAAUUAGAUUGGUAAUUGGUUCUUAACGAAAACAUGCUCUAAUUAUAUUACUUUACUUCUUUUUUACAUUUUUGUUACCCAUUUAUAAGCUCGUUUAUUAAAAAAUACAUUUAUAUUGCACCAUCUCAAGGUUAAUAUUAAUGUCUUGUUUAAAAAUUUUUAUUUUUUCUUUUCUUUUCUACAUUUUAUAUUUUAAUCUUUCAAAAAGUACCUAAACUACUAUAACAUGACUAUGUUUUGCAACAUUUAUUUGUUUUUAUUAAAACGAAGUUAUGAAAAUUAAAGCAAAAAGUUAAUGUUUUGACUCUAAUGGCUUGCUCGAAAGACAUUAUUGGGUUAACAGGUCAUGAACAGUCAAGUCUGAAGGCUUUUUUGAAAUAAUUACUUGAAAUUGCCGAAGGUGGACGUGAGUUUCAAAAGCGCUGAUUAAGAAAUCUUGGCAUAACACGACAAAUAAAAAAUAUUUUUUGUAGACAUUUUGGUCAGAACGUUAAUAGAAAACUAAAUAAAAGCCUUAGUUAUGUACAUUUAAAACUUUUCUACUAAGUGUUUUGACAAUAACAAUAUUAGAUUUCGAAUUUCUCGUAGUUUAUGCAAAUAUUUGACUGAAAUAUGUUGUUUUAGGCAUUGAUAAACACAAAAUGCGACCAUCGAGCCAAGUUUUCGUUGAGUUUGACGCUGGGACUGCUGGCUGCCAUUAUGCAAAUUCCUCCCAUUUUCUUACAUUGGGUAAUAAUCAGAGAGCCGAAACCAAUUAAUCAGACAAACGAGAAGGGAGAACAGCUUGUAAGUCUUCAAUAUCAUGUCUUAUGCGUAAUAUAAGCUUAUGUAUAUUCUCAGGAAUUUUAUACAGGAAUUUAAAUGUUUUAGACAAAUAUUUUGAAAUUAUAUUAGCAGGGUUAACAGAAUGCCAUUUGUGGUUGCCAGAAGUAUAUUGUUUAAUCUAUUUUUAAUUCAGUAAGGCUUCUCUUAAAAAAGGAAUCAAGUGUUUUAUUAAUACAGAAGUGACAUCAAGUGUAAUAUCUUUGAAGAAAAGCGAUGUAUAUUCGAUUUAGGAAGUACCCUUCUUCUUUGAAGUUGGUUAUUUUGGGAUGUGUCGUUACGCAGCUUCGAACUUAAGUAUGCCAAAUGUUGAUGAAAGUAAAGUACAUGAAACCUACCCAGAAAUCUGUGUUAUGAAUCCAAUCUUUACUGGAGAUGACUUGUCUGAUUUCAGCUUUGCUAGCAACGUUGUGUUAAGUAAGGAGAACACAUUUUGUAAAAUAAUAUUUUAUUGAUUGUUAUUUAUUCUGUAUCUAGUUUAAAAUAGUUUUAAUUUUGAGGAAUGAACAAUAUUUACAAAGUUUAGAUGAUAAAUGAAAAACUAUAUUUAAUCUGGGUUGUUUUAGCUCGACUGUUUGUACCAGGCCUUCUACACGUUCCUGGAUUGUUUUUAUGUGCUUUUGCUGUAAUAUUUUCAAUCGUCGGAGAGGUGCGAGGCAGUAAUCAUACUGUGCACUCAGCUGUACUCUAUGUUCUUGGGGGUAAGUUUGCAAAAAAGUCAUAUUCAUUUAUGUUUUUGGUUGUGUUUUGAGCUAGACUUAUACUUUUUUAGUUUUAAUUUAUAGUAUAUAGGUAACAAUUCCUUUUUUUGCUUCACACUUAUAUUAUACACGACAUUAAUCAUAGUCAUCAUCUGUUUUUAACUAAUUUCCAUCAAAAACAGAGGUAACGUUGAGGUUGAUCUCGGAGAUUAGUUCCAUUUUACACGAACCGCAUUGUUGCUUUAAUAUUAUAAUUUAGGUCUUUGUUUAUUCGCUGCGUUGCUUCAAGUAAUUGCUGCUGUCGAUGACGAAAUGACACCUCGGAUGAAACCGAACGCUGCUGGAGACCCAUCGCAUUUCACCUACACAUAUAGUAAGUGGAUAUACAAUAUGGCUGAACACAGCACGAGAGAAAGAAAAAAAAAACAAUGUUAUUGUACAUGACGAGGUGUAUGUCGUAACAGAUUAUUGGUUCAUUAGUAUUAAGAGUAAAUGUUAUUCUGGGGACCAAAUAUGCAUAGACGUGAUAAUGAUCAUAACACCAUUAAGUAGUAAUAUUUUUUGUAGAGUUGAAGAUCUAAUGUUAUGUUAUACGAAGAAGAUACUGUAGUAGCUGUCAAAGAUUACACGUAGUAGCAUCUGGUCUCUUAGACUUGUUAUGUCAAUUUAUGACAAUAUUGUUUUAGGCAAAGCAUUCCUAUCGGCCUCGUUGAGUUUUCUGCCGCUCCAAAUCUGUGUUUAUCUCCAGACGGCUGCCUACUUCAACCGGUUUCCUCAACCUUUGGAUAAAGCAACGAUCGUACCUGGGCUUCAAGACAUGAGUAAGUGCAAUUAUACCUUUACCUUUUGUCUUGUCGACAGACUUAAUUAGCACCUGCUUAAAGAAGAUAUCUCUAAGUCAUCUUCUUUAGGAAACGUUACGUCAGGAGAUUACCGAAGAGAUGUCACGUUUAUGAUCUAGGGUUUUAUACUAAAUACUCAUAAAUGACGAUACAUAUUUUUAUAUUAUAUUAGCAUGAUCAGUAGUGAACUGUAGUUGAUUAAUUUACAAAUAUAUUACAUUAACAACAUAAAGUAAAAAGACAAUAUUCAACAAUAUUAACAUUGAAGUUUAUAGUAAACGAUGUAAUCUCGAGGACCCGCAAGACCGUGCCAUCUCACAGCAGUAGUUCAGUCCCGUUGAAUCAGAAUCAUCGUCGAGAGUCUCGAUGUUCCUUGGGAUUUGGUGGACCAGCGUUUGGUGCUAUUCAACAAGAAGUACCACGUUUGGCACCCCCUUUAACCGAAAAUAUUCAUCGUGGCUCUAUUCAGGUGUACAUUUGA